AUGUCAACCCCCAAUGCCCCCUUCCCAAUGCCCCCUCCUUCUGCAGACCUCGCAACAACAUGGGCAUACCUGGAGGAAGGUGUCGAUCACAUCAUGACCAAGCUGCAAACGGGGGUCUCGUACUCUAAGUACAUGUCCUUGUAUACCGUAGCCUACAACUAUUGCACUUCCUCAAAGAUGCAUGGGACAGCAUCAGAAGCAAUCGGGAUGGGUGGACGAUCUGGAGCCAAUUUGAUGGGCUCCGAUUUAUACAAUAAUCUCAUUCGAUACUUUGUGACGCAUCUGAAAGGUCUCAGAGAGGAAACCGAAUCCCUGCAAGAUGAAGCUCUCUUACGAUAUUACGCUGCAGAGUGGUCGCGAUAUACCACUGGAGCGAAUUAUAUCAAUCGUCUUUUUACGUAUCUCAACCGACAUUGGGUUAAGAGAGAACGCGAUGAAGGACGAAAAGGUGUCUAUCCGGUUUAUACGCUCGCUCUUGUUCAAUGGAAGAAUAAUCUCUUCAUUCCAAUUCAGCAGAAAAAGACCAAGUUGGCGAGUGCCCUUCUUCGACUUAUCGAAGAUCAGCGAAACGGGAACGUGAUUGAUCAAGGUCUCGUGAAGAAAGUCGUGGACUCCUUCGUGUCAUUGGGUCUUGAUGAUACCGACACAAACAAGGCCUGUCUCGACAUUUAUAAGGAGCAUUUCGAGCUUCCUUUCAUUGACACUACGGAGAAAUACUACAAACAGGAGUCGGAAUCAUUCUUGGCGGCUAACACAAUCUCCGAUUACUUAAAGAAGGCCGAGGAGCGUCUACGUGAAGAAGAGGACCGUGUAGAAUUCUAUCUGCACACCCAGACAAGAAAGCCACUCAUUAGCAGAUGCGAACACGUACUCAUCCGAGAACACUCGGAGUUGAUGUGGGAAAGUUUCCAAUCACUCCUCGAUUUCGACAAGGAUGAGGAUUUGCAGCGGAUGUACGCCCUUCUUUCGCGGAUACCAGAGGGUUUGGAACCCUUGCGAAAGAAAUUCGAGGAACAUGUAAAAAAAGCUGGUUUAGCGGCAGUUUCAAAAUUAGUGGGCGAAUCAGAAUCAAAUACAGAUGCACUAGACCCGAAGGCAUAUGUCGAUGCUCUGUUGGAGGUACAUCAGAAGAAUUCUGAAACCGUGACGAGAAGUUUCCGUGGGGAGGCUGGGUUUGUUGCCAGUUUAGAUAAAGCCUGUCGCGAGUUCGUGAACAGAAACGCUGCAACUGGACAAUCAAAUUCGAAAUCUCCGGAAUUGCUCGCCAAACAUGCCGAUCUUCUUCUACGCAAGAACAAUAAAUUGGCGGAGGAGGAUGACUUGGAAGUCGCCUUAAAUCGUGUGAUGGUUCUUUUCAAAUACAUAGAAGACAAGGACGUAUUCCAGACCUUCUAUACCACUAAAUUGUCAAAACGUCUUAUUCAUGGCGUGUCGGCUUCGGAUGAAAGUGAGGCCAGCAUGAUAUCCAAAUUGAAAGAAGCUUGUGGUUUCGAGUACACCAACAAACUGCAGCGCAUGUUCACAGACAUGAGCCUGAGCAAGGAUCUCACCGACUCAUUCAAGAGUAGGAUGGAACAGAAUCAUGACGAUAUGGAUAUCAGCUUCAGUAUCAUGGUUCUUGGCACAAAUUUCUGGCCUUUGAAUCCACCUAGCCACGAAUUCGUGAUACCUGCUGAAAUUUUGCCGACCUAUGAUCGAUUCCAGAAAUAUUAUCAAAUGAAACACUCCGGUCGCAAACUUACAUGGCUCUGGAAUUACUCAAAAAACGAGCUGCGGACGAAUUAUCUGAACCAGAAAUACAUUCUAAUGACCAGUUCGUUCCAGAUGGCUGUUCUCCUCCAAUAUAACAACAACGAUACUCUCUCUCUCGGCGAGCUUGUCGCUGCAACCUCGAUUACAAAAGAAUUAUUGUCACAGGUUCUAGCGCUAUUAGUCAAAGCUAAAAUCUUGAUCAACGAAGAGACAGAUCAAUACGAUCUCAACCCCAAUUUCAAAUCAAAGAAGAUUCGCGUCAAUUUGAAUCAACCUAUCAAGGCAGAGACGAAGGCAGAAUCAACUGAUGUCUUAAAGACGGUUGACGAAGAUCGAAAAUACGUCAUCCAAGCCACUAUUGUUCGCAUCAUGAAGGCGCGAAAGACGAUGAAAAACCAGCCGCUAAUCCAGGAAGUUAUUUCUCAGAUUACACAAAGAUUCGCGCCCAAAAUCCCAGAUAUCAAGAAGGCAAUCGACACUCUGCUGGAGAAAGAAUACAUCGAACGAGUUGAAGGCACAAGAGACACUUUUGCCUAUGUCGCGUAA